CUUGAACUCCCGUCAAGGAGGAAAAAAAAAAGAGAGAGAAAGUGACAGACCGCCUCUUAUAUAGGCUGCGCUCACCUAUUUCAUCGCUCUACCGAGCGUCCAAAUGUUGACCACUGACUUUGCCAAUGCUGAUAGAUAGUGCGACAUCAGUAAACCCCUAGAAGCCUUUUACCUACAUGGCAGCUCCGACAAACCUUUCCAUCCCAGUCGCCGAGACGCGCCUGAGACCGUUGCCAGCGGAUCAUGAACUCAAAGAAUACGAAAAGAUAUUAAGGAUAAGCGAUGAGAUAUUUGCGGGAACUCAUCCCAGGCUGAAGGUCCCCCAGCAAUUCAUUCGCAAAGCCCCUUCUCGUGUGCUUCAAACACCUGUUGCGUCAGUCUCUGGUGAUGCUGCUGGAACUCAGCAGUCGAAGACAACACCACCAAACCCAUCGCUGCUUAGGCAACAAGCUUUACAGGUAGCUUCUCCAGCUCAACCUAGUCCGUUAGCUACACAUGCCGCGGGCACACAGUCUCACGUAGCUCCGAAACUCGCGUCAGAGAUCGAUCCUAUAUUUUUAACCAAGUCCGAUGACCUAGUCCGAGCAGAAAUACAACUACAGAGGAGGCGAGUGGAGAAUACGUUAAGGGAACAAGCUGAGCGAAGCAAGGUUGAGUCUCGACAGAAGUAUGCUGCUCAAGAAGACAGACCAGACUUCGAUGUUUCGGAGGUCUUGAAUCAAGCUCUGGAAAUCGUUAAGCCUCUUCCAUCACUUGAUGUCCCAGGCGCUAAUGGUACAGCCAUUCCUAGCGACUCCUUUGACGAGAACUCGUUGUAUUCUAGUAGAGCUCCCGAUUCCCCCAGCGGAGGAGAUUAUGAACCACAGGUUCCUUCGGAUCGAGGUCGACAAGCAGACAGUCAAAAUCCAGUCUUCUAUGCUACUGGUACUACUAACAAAACUAUUCCACCUCCGAGUUACACUCGGACUGCGCGACCAACAGUGCCCAUUGUGGAUAUACAGGAAGAUGAUGAUUAUCAGCCUCCCGAUGCGCUGCAUCCUAGGCGUAAUAUGUAUGAGCGAGCUGUGGUAUAUUCUACACGGCAGCAAUCGAUCUCUCCUGACAUGAGGAUCGUGAGAAACCAUAUCACGUCACCGGCAGCUCCGCAGCCGUCACGCGUUUCACCGUUGGCUGUGGCCAAAGGCCCCUCUGUACAACAGAGGCUACAGGCAAGGUCUACUCGGCGUGAUAAUCAGGAAAGAGGUCCCACAGAUCCUUCCUCUGGACCGACUAGUCCAGAUGGUGUAGCGCCGCAAUUGAUGUCCCGCAAGCGUCGCCGAGUCCAGGAGCCUCGAGAUGAAAGUGCAUUACACACUAUCAGCUCGCCUAAGCCACGUAUCAAACCUGAACCUGUCUCUCCCCCGCCUUUCCACGAUACCCAACCUUCAAGUAACCAUGGUCGUGGACAACCUGUGUACAUUGACAUCGCCUCACCACAAUUCACACCAGUUGGUGACCGUAGAGAAGUUCCUAGAGAGUCGGUCUACGAACAUGAUCGAUAUGGAAGCACUGGUCGGGACUAUGAUACCCCGGUCGAGCCUAGUAUCCGAGCGACUUCUCGACUAAGUUCUCGGAGGCCGGCACGAGACACUCAAGAUUUGCGACGAGUGGCUAGCCUCCAUUAUUCACGGAACCCCGAGACAUUGCAUCGCGAAUACGUGGAACCAAUAGUGCGAUCUCGAUCAGUCCGAGCAUCUUCAUACGCAGUGGUUGAGCGUCCCUCACAUGAAAAGCCUGCAUAUUACGAGCAUAUGGUGCCAGGAUAUCCAAGGCACUAUGCGCAAUACGAAGAUUAUCCUCCACCGUCUAGGUUUCGUGAAGUCUAUGUGGAUGAUGAUCCAGCUCCACGAUAUAUCGAAACGCAACCGCGACGGAUUGUCGUCGACGAAUAUGGAAAUCAGUAUUAUGAGAUGGUGCCGGCGUCGAAAAUUCGCGCCAUGCCACCUCCACCUAGAAUAGCAAGGCCUGAUGACUACCAUGAGCGGCCUUCGAUCCGCAGCGCUAGUGUGCGUGCCGCCUCAAUUGUAGAUGAUGGAUACGCCGGCCGCAGAUAUAUUCAAGAAAUGGCACCCCCUCCUUCAGCCACUUACCGUCGUGUAACAGAGCAACCACGUGUUGUCAGUGAGAAUCAGCGGCCGUACUCACGACCGCCCGUCGAACAUGACCCAGUCUUCCGAAGCGGAAGUGUUGCUGUUGAGUACGCCUCCCGGCCGCCAGUCUAUGUUGACAAUGAUGUCUCUCGCCAGCGCUUGGUUCGAACAUCGAGUGUUAGACCGCCAGCUGGCCGCUAUGAGGAAUUGCGGGAAGAUUCUCAUCGUGUGCAAAGUGUUCGCCCUGGUGGACAUGAGGUAAGUACGUAUCUGCCCGAGGAAACCCGACUGGCGCGGGAAUACGGUGACCGCCCUGUAUAUACCUCGGUGCGCCCAGAGCGUGAAGGAAGAUAUUAUACUGAAGAGGAGGGAGGACGAAUGAUUGUUGAUGGAGCAGGAGACAUGGUUCGUCGUGUUCCUCGAUAUCAAUAACCAGUAAUCUUACACAUUACCUGAUGUUAUUAUAAUUUUAAUAUUAGAUAAUUUAAACGGUAUAUACUAGAUGAUAUCUCAAGAGUCACAAUCGU